GAUUUCAUUGUUCUGCAUUCUAAUGCCAAUCUUUUCCUCCAUUUAUGUGAUAUUUUUGUUUAUUUGGUAGUCUGUGUAUCAUGAAUGUAAUCAUUGUUUAUUAUAAGACGACUAGUAAUUUGAUUUCUUCCACAAGUAUAUUUGGUGUGGUCUUAUUAGAUGUGGGAUUGGAUAAUGAAACAUGAGCCGGUGGUUUCAAGAAAGAAAGUUGCUCGCGUCCUAUUUUCCGUCAACCUCUUCGCCGCGGCUACCUGUCCCCUCUUUUAGGCUGUCGUUCAUAGAGCUAAGAACUCAAAAUAUUCAGCUGAUGAGGAUAUGGAGGAGACAGAUGUUAAAGAUCCAAAUUUAAAGCAAUCUCUGGAGUCUGCUACUUCUCAGAUUAGCCAGCUAGCUCUUUCUAAUAGUCCUACUGGUGUUGCCAAUCUUGCAGCUGUUUUUCUGUUCCCGCUUUUCAUAAAUUAUUUUCAGAUGGGUGUCACUGGAGCAGCCACUGCCACCGUUGUGUCUCAAUACAUAGGUAGCUUCUUGAUGAUUUGGUUUCUUAGCAAGAGAGUAAUAUUAUUACCUCCAAAAUUUGGAGAUCUGAAGUUUGGGGUCUAUUUAAAAUCUGGUGGAUUUCUGAUUGGAAGAACUGUGGCUGUUUUGAUAACUAUGACGAUUGGGACCUCGAUGGCUGCUCGUCAAGGUCCUCUAGCUAUGGCUGCUCAUCAAAUCUGUAUGCAAGUGUGGUUGGCUGUCUCUCUUUUAACUGAUGGAUUGGCCGCAUCUGGUCAGGUCUACACUCCGAGGAAUGCGCCUAUACUAGUGAGGAAAUUGAUGUGGUUCGUGAGCAACGGGCUAAGUGUUUUACCCGCAAGUAUUUACUAUUGGCUUGAGCGCGCUUGAUCGAGGUGGUUUAGUUGUUAUAGAACAAUCGUUUUCAUUAAAAUGUAUGCGUACAUUGAAAUUGGAACGUAUAUUUGAAUGUAGUACGUGCACUUUGGU